CUUUUUUUCUUUCCUUUCCCGAUUGUGUUUUGUCUUUUCAAUUUUUUUUUUUUCCAUUUUCGCCGGAACUCAUCAACGACCACUUUUGUGUAAAGCUAGAAAACUCACAGUAUACUCUCUCUCUCUCUCUCUCUCUUCCCAAAUAUCUGAUCUCCUUUCCUCAAACCCUAAUCCCAAAAUCAGAGAUUCAAUUCUACUUUUUUUUUCCUCUUAAUUCGUUCUGAACUUUCCAAAUUUAGUAACUUUCCCCCUCAAAUUCUGGAUUUUUCCUGAUCCAGUUUCCUUAAAUGUAAUAGAUCGAGACCGAGGAUGUGUGCAUGAGGAUUUGGUGUUUCCACUGCUUCACCGACGACGAGGAACAAGAGGAGAACAGAAACAGAGGCGGAGUUUCCCAUAGACUGAAGAAACAAUCAGCCAUGGACGAUAACAACAACAACAAAGGUGGAGACUUUGUCGGUUUCGAUCUAAACGAGAGGGAAGAAGAGAACGGUGCUGAAUUGGAGCGAGUACGGUCAUCUGAGAUUCGCUUGCAUCAAUUGGUUCAAGGAGAGAGUAGCAAUGAGGAUUGUACUAUGGAGGAAGCUGAUCACGAUUCGUACCACAAACGUGCUAAAGUGUACUCUGGCCUUGCCAGUGUAUCUUCAGAUGCUGGAAACUCUGGUUCGUCGGUGGAGGGAAGUGUUAGUUUCGGAGUUGCCUCUUCUUCUCGGACGGAUACUGAUAUGUUCUGUCAGAAUUUCAUCUUGAAUUACGCUGGUCGGAAAGAUGGGAAGAGAGAUGAUGGAGAUGAUAAUGGUUCUUCGGAUGCAGAAGAUUUUGAAGUUCAUAUUGAUUUGACUGAUGACCUCUUACACAUGGUAUUCUCGUUUUUGAGUCACAUCGACCUCGGCCGCUCUGCUAUGGUAUGUCGUCAGUGGAGAGUAGCUAGUGCUCAUGAGGAUUUUUGGAAGGUCUUGAACUUUGAGAAUAUGAGGAUCUCUAUCGAGCAAUUUGAAGACAUGUGUCAUCGCUAUCCCAAUGCCACUGAAGUGAAUGUUUAUGGCGCUCCUGCUGUUAACGCUUUGGCUAUGAAAGCAGCUACUACUUUGAGGAAUCUGGAGGUUUUGAUUAUAGGAAAAGGUCAUAUCAGUGAAAACUUUUUCCAGGCAUUGGAGGAGUGUAAUAUGUUGAGAAGCGUGACUGUAAACGAGGCUAUUCUAGGAAAUGGUGCUCAGGAAAUUAACCUGAGUCAUGAUCGGCUACGUGAACUUAAAAUUACAAAAUGUCGAGUCAUGCGUUUGUCUCUAAGGUGUCCGCAGCUGAGGUCUUUAUCAUUAAAAAGAAGCAACAUGUCACAGGCGAUGCUUAACUGUCCACUCCUCCAACUUCUUGAUAUAGCCUCGUGCCAUAAGCUCUUGGAUGCUGCUAUUCGUUCAGCUGCCAUUUCGUGUCCUCAGUUAGAGUCGCUCGAUGUUUCCAAUUGUUCCUGUGUCAGUGAUGAAACUCUGCGUGAAAUAGCACAGGCUUGUGCUGGUCUCCAUGUUCUUAAUGCUUCAUACUGCCCCAAUAUAUCUCUUGAGUCGGUACAUCUCCCCAUGUUGACAGUUCUCAAGCUUCAUAGCUGUGAGGGUAUAACAUCCGCGUCUAUGACAUGGAUUGCUAAUAGUCAUGCGCUGGAGGUUUUGGAGCUUGAUAAUUGCAAUCUGUUGACAUCUGUAGCGUUGCAUCUCUCUCGUUUGCAGAGUAUAAGCCUAGUCCAUUGCCGCAAAUUCACAGAGCUUAACUUGCAAAGCACCAUGCUUUCAUCAAUCACUAUUUCAAACUGUCCAGCGCUUCGCCGUAUCACAAUCGCUUCCAACUCCCUUCGAAGAUUAGCUCUCCAGAAACAGGAGAAUCUGACAACAUUGGUUCUGCAUUGCCAGUCCUUGCAAGAAGUGGACCUCUCUGAUUGUGAAUCACUUUCCAACACUGUUUGUGAAAUAUUCAGUGAUGAUGGUGGAUGCCCAAUGCUGAAGUCAUUAAUUCUUGACAACUGUGAGAGCUUAACAGAGGUGCGAUUCUGCAAUUCAUCGUUGGCUACUCUGUCCCUUGUUGGCUGUCGUGCUGUCACUUCUCUCGAGUUGAAGUGCCCUCGCAUAGAGGAGAUAUGUUUGGAUGGUUGUGACCAUCUUGAAACUGCACUCUUCCAGCCUGUUGCGCUCCGGUCUCUAAAUCUAGGAAUAUGCCCGAAAUUGAGUGUGCUCAAUAUCGAAGCACCGUAUAUGGUGUCCCUUGAACUGAAAGGUUGUGGUGUACUGUCUGAAGCAUCCAUCAUUUGCCCUCUAUUAACAUCUUUAGAUGCUUCUUUCUGCGGUCAGCUGACGGAUGACUGUCUGUCUGCAACAACUGCUUCUUGCCCACUAAUUGAGUCACUGGUCCUAAUGUCAUGCCCUUCCAUUGGCUCUGAUGGCUUGUCUUCCUUAAACGGUCUCCCAAAUUUGACUGUUCUUGAUUUGUCCUACACUUUCUUGAUGAAUCUGGAGCCCAUCUUCAAGUCAUGUAUUCAGCUCAAGGUACUCAAAUUACAAGCCUGCAAGUAUCUCACCGAUUCAUCGCUGGAGCCUCUGUACAAAGAAGGUGCUUUACCGGCACUUGAAGAGUUGGACCUGUCGUAUGGAACUCUCUGUCAGACUGCGAUAGAUGAUCUACUUGCGUACUGCACGCACUUGACCCAUUUGAGCUUGAACGGCUGUGUUAACAUGCAUGACCUUGAUUGGGGUUCAACCAAUGUACAGCUCUUUGAUUACUUUGGUGGAUACAGUUCUAGCGAGAACACACAAGAAGCGGCUGAAACAGCCAACCGGUUACUGCAAAACCUCAAUUGUGUGGGGUGCCCCAAUAUCAGAAAGGUCUUGAUACCGCCUGCAGCUCGGUUUUAUCAUCUAUCAUCACUGAACCUUUCGCUAUCGGUCAAUUUAAAGGAGGUUAACCUCGCCUGUUCCAACCUGGUCUUACUUAAUCUAAGCAACUGUUGCUCUCUGGAAGUACUGAAACUUAGCUGUCCAAGACUGGCUAGUCUCUUUCUUCAGUCUUGUAACAUGGAUGAAGCAGGAGUCGAAGCAGCUAUAUCAGGAUGCUGCUCCCUAGAGACACUGGAUCUCCGUUUCUGUCCAAAGAUAUCUUCGGUGAGCAUGGGGAGGUUCCGAACAGUGUGUCCUAGUUUGAAGCGCGUCUUCAGCAGUCCUAAUCUUUUGCAAGAUUAGUGUGUUUGCGCCUGAGUGUUUUAUUAUAUACAACUUCAUCUGCAGACUGUACAAAUUGCUUUGUUGUGUUGUGUGGGUAUUUGAGAUGUAAAUGGGCCCAAGUCUUCAGUAGUGCUUGUGGGCCUCUGGAUCAAGCUUGUACUGUGGCCUUCUUCUUAGUCUACUACCUAAUAACAUAAAUACUCUACCUAUUUUUUUUUUUUUUUUGUUUUUGCUUGAUUAUAUUGUUGCUAUUGUUAUAAAUGGAGUAGUCUAUUUGAUUCAA